CGGCCUUUCAUCAGGUGGCGAGGGGCUCGUGAGUCGGAGGCUGAGCGUUGCCGCGGCUGCUGCUCCCUGCGCCAAGAUCCAAAGAACCAUGGCGGUACAAUACUUCGUCGCGGCCGACUACUGCGUCCUCGUGGUCGUGCUCGGGAUUUCGUCGGCCAUAGGGGUCUUCUUCGCCUGGAAGGAUCGCCGGAGCACCAACAACAAGGAGUUUCUCAUCGGGAAUCGGAAGCUACAGCUGUUUCCGGUGACCAUGUCCAUGAUAGCGAGCUUCCUGUCGGCCAUCGCCAUGCUGGGAGUUCCAGCGGAGAACUUCGUGCACGGAUCUCAGUACUUAAUGAACACCGUCGGCGUCGUCGUCGGCAUUGUGCUGUCGGCCGAAGUGUUCAUGCCCGUCUUCUACGACAUGGAGAUGAUCAGUGUCAAUCAGUACUUGGAGAAACGGUUCAAUUCCGUGGUGCUGCGGAAGUUUGCGUCGGCUCUCUCGAUCAUUCAAACGUGCUUUUACCUGGGUGUGGUUUUGUACGGCCCAUCUCUUGCCUUAGGAUCGGUGACUGGACUGCCCGUUUGGCUCUCGAUUAUCGUCAACGGAUCCGUGUGCGCUUUCUAUACGACCAUCGGUGGCAUCAAAGCCGUUGUUUGGACGGACGUAAUGCAAUUGCUGCUCAUGGUGACGGGCUUUCUAGUUGUGACAAUUCAGGCGUGUAUGAUGCUUGGUGGAGUCAGCCCAGUCUUCACCAUAGCCGAUCAGCAAGGCAUCCUGGAGUUCUUCGAUUUCAGCUUCGAUCUUCAAAAGACCUUCACUUUUUGGAGCGUUGUAAUUGGUUCAUCCGUCAUCUGGACGAUGACCUUCUGCACCAAUCAGACAAUGGUCCAGCGGUACUGCGGUUUGUCCUCUGCAUCGAAAGCAAGGAAGGCUCUUUACACGAACAUGGCUGGCGUGAGUGCUCUCCUAACCCUCGCAUCGUUCUGCGGCCUCGCACUAUUUGCACUUUAUCACAAAUGUGAUCCUGUCAAGGCGCGGAUCAUCACCAAGUACGACCAGUUGAUGCCGCAUUUUGUCAUGGACACGUUGAACCACCUUCCCGGGUUGUCGGGGCUCUUCGUCACUGCCGUUUACAGCGGGUCUUUAAGCACCAUGUCGUCUGGGUACAACGCACUGGCCGCUAUAACCUGGGAAGACUUUCUCAAGCCCAUAUUGCAUUUGUCUCCUUCCGGAGUGAUGCGUGCAACCAAGAUUAUUGCUGCGUCUUAUGGUGUUCUUGCAAUUCUGGUCGCCUUCCUCUCGGGAACCAUACCGUCAAUCUUGCAGGCCACUUUCAUCACAUCGGGUGCUGUCGGGGGAGCUUCGGGAGCUGUUUUCUUCAUCGGCCUGCUUCUGCCCUGGUGCGGAAGUAAGACUGCCCUGGCAUCUAUGAUCACGGGCAUGUGCACGGCGUCCUGGGUGGCCAUCGGGUCGCUGAUCUACCCCAAGAGGCCGGUGGCUGCGCACACCAGCUUGGAGGGGUGCGCGUUCAACUACACGCUCCAAGCUACAGACCCCGUCGAGUACCGAUCAGGGGGAAUCUUCGAGCUCUACCACAUUUCCUACUUCUGGGUCCCCGUCAUCAGCUUCUUCGUGACAAUGAUCCUCGCGGUUGCAAUCACUGCGGCCUUAGGGUUUAAAAACUCGGCCGACGUUGAUCCGAGCCUCAUAGCUCCUGGGCUUCGCAACUUUUACCUGCGGACGCGGCCGAGCACAACGCUUAGCGACAGCAAGUCUACGGUGAAGCUUACGGAGAAAGAAGAAUGGGCGGUGGAGAAACAGCCUGAAAGCAUCAAAAACGGUCACAUCAACUACGGCAUGACAAACGACAGUGAAGCGCAGUCGACGCCCAUGUAAAGCGGCCUAUGGCGAUCUUUUCAACGCGGAGGACUUUGAGCCGCUGUAUAUGCCUGCUCCACUCCAAGUCCGACAUGCAGUGCACGCUCCGUCGAAGCAAAUCAAGCCACCUCAAAAGUACAUCAUCACAGCGCUCUUCGCCCUUGGGCGCUUCGUAUCAGCCACGCGAUUAAACCAAUCGUGCGCACUCGUGAUUGUCUUAGCCAGCGAUAUAUUAUACCGACAAGGACAAGGAGCGCCGUGACGAAGCACUUUUGAUGUUGCUUGGGUGGUUCCAUCGAAUGUGAGGCCGCUGUUGGACUUGAAGUGAAACGGAGUGUUUAUAUUGUGAUGAGCAGAGCUCGCCGCUUGCCGGCGAAGAGGGGCCGGCUCGGCUGUGAUAAACCAAAAAGAACUGAAACCCGCCAGUCGCACGGAGUUUACGAGGACGCAACGCCAUGGGACGCUUGGCUGCCGAUUCGACGCCCAAUUCCGUGACGUGUUUGCUGCCAGUGACGGUGCUCGUUUUAUAGGUUCGUACAGCGAGGUUCGACUCGCGACGAAGAGGACGGCGACCACCUGACGAAGAAGCGAGGCACCUGCGUGUGUUGUACCAUAAAAAUAAAUUAUCAUCGUGUUUUGUUUUAA